GUGCAGCAAACUGUUUCAUGGCAAGUUCAAGGAUUUAGUAAAGUAUGUUUUGAAAGUGUUUCCGCCCCGCUCCCCGCGCCUGCAGCGCUUCCUGGCGCUGCUGUCCGUGACCUUGGGCAGCCCGGGCUCCCGCCCCGGCCCCGGCCCGUGUAAAGCCAUUGACCGGAGGGCUGCAGACGACCCCGACAUCGUAUCGCCCCUCAGCCGUUUGUGUUGUGAGGCGUGGGAGCUAUAGAAUCCGAUGAGACAAUGUGCAGCGGAAGCCACAGUGCCCAUUAUACCCCCAGAAGUCUACAAUUUCGACGCGAACACAAUUCCUAAAAAUGUAAAAAUCACAAAGGCAGAAGCCCUAGAGCUUUACGAGACUAUGGUGCUCAUUCGGCGCAUGGAGACUGAGAUUGCCAGUCUGUAUAAAGAGAAGAAGGUGUUUGGGUUCUGCCACCUGUACGCCGGCUCGGAGGCAGUGGGCACUGGUAUAGUCGCGAACAUGAAGCCGGUCGACAACCUCAUCACUUCUUACAGGUGCCACGCAUUCGCCAUGAUGUUCCAAAACCGGCAGCAGAAGGACGGGCCGUUCAGCGUGAUGGCCGAGCUGGCGGGCCGCGCCGGCGGGCUGUCGGCCGGCAAGGGAGGCUCCAUGCACGUCUUCGUGCCGCCGCACUUCUACGGCGGCCAGGGCAUCGUCGGCGGACAGGUGCCGCUCGGGAUUGGGAUGGGGUUCGCACACAAGUACUCAGACGACGGGGGCGUGGCGUUCCCUCUGUACGGCGACGGAGCCUCCAAUCAGGGACAGGUGUACGAGUCCUUCAACUUGGCGGCGCUGCUGAAGCUGCCGGUGGUGUUCGUGUGCGAGAACAACCUGUACGGCAUGGGGACCGCGGCCAAGAGGUCCUCGGCCAGCACGGAGUACCACAAGGCGGGACGGUUCAUGCCGGGCAUCAAAGCUGAUGGCAUGGACAUCAUCACUACUAGGGAGAUAUCCAGGAUAGCGGCCGACUAUAGUCGCUCCGGCAAUGGGCCAAUCGUCGUCCAAUUCCAGUGCUACCGCUACUACGGGCACUCCAUGUCGGACCCCGGGACCAGCUACAGGACCCGCGAGGAGGUCCAACAUGUCCGCCAGACGAGGGACCCGCUCAACCUCUUCAAAGCCGUGCUUAUUGAGGCAAAACUUGCCUCUGAAGACGAAAUUGAGGCAAUAAACAAGAAAGCGAAAAAAGUAUGCGCGGAGGCGAAGGACGCGGCCGCCGCGGCGCCGUCCCCGGACCCCGCGGACCUCUACACCCACGUCUACGUCAAGUACCUCGAGCAGCCGAGGAGGAGGACCGUCAUAGGGUGACUUUUACAACCAUGCACCGGACGGACGGGGGAUUUACAACUUUAUAAUAGUGCAUACGCAAAUGCAUAUAUACCUGAAAUAUUAUUUUCCCCUCACUAACUCUGAAACACGUGUUUUAUCCUUUUAUGCCAGCGGGUAAAAACGCAUUUUAUCCACUAGUUGAUAAAGUAAUUUGACCUUGAAUAUAGUCCAAUUUUGUGCUUUAAAAUGGAUAAAAGUGGGUGAAUCUAAUGAUGGAAAUGAUUUACCACCUGUGGAACUACUGGAAGCAGUGAUAAACGCGUUUUUUGCGUUGUACUUUCCUCACCAUAGUGAGGGGAAAAGUUUUGUGUUA